CUCCAACACCAUGUUUAAGGCCGUGUUUGCUGUGUUGUCCGUCUUCCUUCUUGUGGCCUCUGCCAUGGCCAGCCCCAUGCCCGAGCCUGGCUAUCGUCGCCAUGGUGGCUAUGGUGGUGGUUAUGGCGGGUAUGGUGGUGGAUAUGGAGGCUAUGGUGGUGGAUAUGGAGGCUAUGGUGGUGGAUAUGGAGGCUAUGGCGGUGGAUAUGGAGGCUAUGGUGGUGGAUAUGGCGGUGGACACGGGGGCUAUGGAUAUGGGCGUUAA